GUCACCCGGGUGGUGUCGCGGGAACUGCCAGAUACUCAAAACAACAGAGCGCGGAGGAGAACACUUCAAGUUGUCGCUCGGCACAGCUGUCGAAAACCAGUCUUUUAUUUGUCGGGGUACCUGUUGGCUGAUGGAGCAGACAGCAUCACUAUGUCUCACAGACUGACCAAGGAAGAGCUGGAUGAACAGUUUGAGCUGUUCUUGAAGGAGUCUGUUUCAGAUGACUCGGUGGAUUUGGGCGCCUCUAACAAGCAGCCAGAUGCUAAAAGUAGUCAGAAAUCAGCCCGGAAAGCAACAGUGUCAUGGUGGCAAGAUGACGAACACAGCGAUGGAGGAGCAGGGAGAGCAACGACCAAAAGCAGAUUUAUCAAAGCCAAAAAGUCUCAGCCUGAGAAUCAAGAGGUUGUCACUGCGGAGCCUUUUUAUAAGCCAGUCCCCAAACCUCGCAGCAAAGCUGCUGACAAGACCCACAAAGAUCCAGUUGUGGAGAUUUCUCCGACUGUGACGAGACAGAGAACUCCAGCUGAUGACUCCUGCUCUGACAGUCUGAGCAGUCCCACGCAUGAAAACCUCCAGUGUGCAUCAGGAGAGAGGAGCCCUGAUGAGACCCUCUCUAAUGAUACUCCAGCAGCCAGCACUGAUAGUCUUUCCCAGGGGGACAGUGAAGAUGGACUGCUGGGAUCUGGGAAGACUUUCAGGAAAUCUUUGAGGAAAUCUCAGCCAAUUCGAGAGGAGGAUGAGGAUUCAGGAGACACUGGUUUGAAAGAAGAAGAAGGGCUGGAAGCAGCUGUUCUCAGCAGAGACAGUACAGACACAGAGGCAUUGGCACCAGCUGUGAACAUGACCGGUAUGGGGUUGGACACUCUGGAGGAAGAAGAGGAGAAAGCCAGGUUCUUUGCCCAACUAGAGGCAGGUGCUUCAUCAUCUAUAGAUUACUCCCAGCUGAACAGAGAGCUAGACUCCACUAGUUCUACCAUGGCUACUAACCUCAGGAAAGAUGAGGAAGCAGUGGAGCAGAGUGAAGAUGAUCUCAGGAAGGGCAGACUCACAGAGACUGUCAGAGACUCUCCAAACUCUCCACACUACAGUGAGGAUUUUGAAGAUGAGGAGGAUGGAAAAGAGAAGUCUAAAAUGUCUCCAAUUCUUGCUAAAGUUUCUCUCUAUGAUUCCCUGGAUGACACUGGUGGAGAAGACAUGAGGAAGGACAUAGCAGGAUCACUGGACAGAGGCCAGUCCUAUGUGCAGAGUGGAGGCUCAGAGAUGGAGGCUCUUCAUGACGCCUACAGGCAGAUCCACGUGGUGGAGGAUUCAGAUGACCAUAAUGACAAUUAUUCAUCACUAGAAGGGAGGGGAAGGUUUAACAGACCUGUAUCUCCAUCCUCUCCUCCUCAACAUGCCAGACAGUCCCUACAGCCUGCUUCUACCAAUGAGUCAGAGCUGCCCACUGCAGAAGAGCUGAUGAGGCCCAUCAGACCAGAGAAGGACCAUAUCAGAGGUUUCUCCCUCCAGCCAGUCAGGGCUGUAGAACUUGACCAAGAGAAGACAUUCCACUCCUUGGAAAGGACUUUCCCAGACGUGACUUCUCCAGAGUCACAUGAGAGGCGACCAGGGAAGGCUGACUCGGCAGGGUCAAAGGGAGCCAGAGGACUGACAAACCACCCAUCCAGCUCUCCAGACCCUCUCAGCCGUGACUUGACAUGGAGCAUCAGGGAGGAAGUGGAGAGACUGAUGCAGGAUCAGUUUUCUCCUCAUACAUCCUUUCAGGCUGGCAAAGCUAAGAAACAACUAGCGGCCCGUGGCUCCACCGUUUCUCACACUUCUGCAUCUUCAUGGAGGAAACCCUCUGUGGCUGCUGGGAGAGGCAGGAGAGCGGAGGGUAGAACGGCAGUGACCUCCAGAUCAACCGGACUGAGCAGAGCUGCUGCUGCUACAGCCAAGUCCCAGUCUUCUGUUUCCCAUUCUCUGCAGCAUGCACGAGAAAAAAACAAAUCCACAAUGAGCCAAGACAAAGAUGACUGCAACUACACAGAGCCAGGUGUGAAGGUGAGCAGUGAGCUGGUGGCAUCUGUGCAGUCUUUAGUGACUGUCCUUCAACAGCAGAUAGACACCAGCAGUCGCCAGGAUGCUACAGAUUCACAGGAAGUCAGAGGUCCUCAAGGAUCCAGACUGACACAACAUCUCCCAAAGAAGAGUAAGGAAGAGGACAGCUCUGUGGUGGAGGAGCUGAGAGUCCAGCUGGCUCAGAAGGAGAGAGAACUGCAGAUGAUGAAGCAAGAAGCAGAGGAGCUCAACUCACUCAGACAGCAGAACUACCUGCUGCAGAGCAAGCUGCGGAGUGCAGAAGAAGCCGUUCAGAAGAGGAGAUUGACAGAGGCGUCUGACUCUGCUACAGAGAAAAAGAUCCAACAGAUUGAUAAAGAAAUAAAAGAGCAGGAGACGCUCAUAAAAGGUUAUCAGCAGGAGAAUGAGAAGCUGUACUUGCAGAUGAAGGCUCAGCAGGCCAAGAGUAAAGCCAACGAGGAGGCCAUGUUUAAUGAGAACCAGAGGCUGCUGAAUGAACUGGCUUUCACGAGGAAGCAGCUGAAUAAAACCUCAAGGCCUGUUGGAAAUGUCUGCUCAAUGGAUCACACUCAGCGCAUCACAGACUUGUUAGCUCAGAUAAAUACAUUUCAGAGGAACGAGGCGAAGCUGUCUGAGGACAUUCACAGACUGAAGCAAGAAAAGCAGGCUCUGGAGGUGGACGUGCAGCUAAUGAAGAAAGAGAGAGACCUAGCUAAAGUGCAGGCCGUCUCCACCUCAGGUGAUAAGACCUUCGAGAUGCGUGUCCUGGAGGACAAGCACAGAGAGGAGGUGUCGGCCCUGAAGAAGAAGCUCCAGUGGUUUGCUGAGAAUCAGGAGCUGCUGGACAGAGAUGCUGGCAGACUGAAGGCUGCUACAGCUGAGAUACACCAACUUCAAGAACAGGUGGAAAAACUGAAAAUGGAAGUUGGCAGAAGAAGCAGUGAGCAGCAGAGGAAGGCCAGAGAGAAAUCUGUGGAUGCUAAAAGGAUGCAAGACCUGGAGCGACAGGUGAAGGAGCUGGAGCAGAUACUAAGACGUAGAAACCCAAACUCGCUUCCCGCUCUGAUCUACGCUGCAGCCACGGCCGGGGGUCAAGAGGAUGAGGAUGCUGCGAGGAUGUCCCCGCCCAACCGCAUCAACACCCUGCUGGAGCGAAGGAUUCAGCGUCUGGAGGCGGAGCUGGAGAGCCACGACGAGGAGGCCAAACGCAGCCUGCGGGCCAUGGAGCAACAGUUCCACAGGAUCAAGCUCCGCUAUGAACAGCAGAUCUCAGAGCUGGAGCAGCAGGUGGAACAGAAAGGUCAGCUCACAGCAGCAGCAGCAGCAGCAGCAGCCUCAGAAUGUGGGCCUGAGUCACGGGUGUCACAGGUCAGAGGUCUGGAGGAAGAGCUGCAGCAUGUGAAGGAAGCCCAGCAGCAGAAAGAGAAAUCUCUCCAGGACCAGAUAGAGUCUCUCCAGCAGCAGCUCAAACACAAGGCCCAGCCCAGCCCAGGCCGACACCAGCGGCAAGCAGAGGCAGCGUUCGGCGUGCGGAUAGACCGGCUCAACCAAGAGCUCGCCACCAAGACACAAACUAUUCAGGAGCUGAACCGUACGGUGCAGAGACUGCAGAGAGAGAGGAGGAACAUGCUGUCUGUCCCUAACACGCGACACGAAGCCCGUCCUACAGAAACCAAACAACAACCAGCCCCGACCAAGAGCCUCUGCCCCGCUACUGCAGAAGAACAAACCUUUCCAGCUGCUCACUAUGAGAAGACCUACCAGCCCACUGUGUUUACAGGGAGUCAUAUCUCAGAGGUCCUGCAGGAGAACGAGGCUCUGAGGGAGCGCCUGGAGCAGCUGGAGCUGCACAGUGAGCAGGAGAAGGAGUCGUUAAAGUCUGAUGUUGUACAAGCUGAGGAGGAGCUGUGCAGGCUGAAGCAGCAGUUGUCAGAGGAGCUGUCCUCUCUGAAGGCAGAGCACCACGGGGUGUUGGAGCGUCUGCAGGCCACACACGCUCUGGAGCACUCGUCCUCAAAGGUGGCUCAACUUACCAAUGAGCUCAACACUCAGGAGAUACUGGUGAAGCAUCUGCAAGAGCAGCUGAAAGAGCUGCAGGGCGUCAGAGAUGCACUGACGGUAUCCAGGACUCGUGAGGAUGCUCUGCAGAAGCAGCUGAGCAGACUGCUGAAGGAGCUGAGGGAAGCUAAAGAAGCUCAGAGCCCAGAGGUGAGACUGGUGUGUAGCCUGGAGAGGAAGAUCCUCAACAUGGAGCUGAGACACCAGCACAGAGAGAAAGAGCUGCAGCAGGUGAUCGGCGGCUCAUGGCAGGCGCUGGAGGCUGACCAGCAGCAGUCAGAGGUGGAGCGCUGGAAGCGUCUGGCUCAGGACAAGAGCAGAGAGCUGGAAGCUUUCCGCCUGGAGCUGGACUCCAUCCUGGACAUCCUGAGACAUCUCCAAAGACAGGGAGUGGUCCUCCCUCUGCUGACGCCCCCCAUCACAGCCCCCCUCACCCAGAAGACUUAAUGCACACACAAGCUUGAAGCCAAAGAAAGACUAGAGAGCAAUAAUCCUAAUAAUCCUGAUUAGUACAGCUGAAGGGCAGUACAGUGUAAUUUUAGUCAACAUUCCAUACAUCAGCACCAGCAUUAAUAUCAGCAAUAUUUAGUGUUUACAUGUAUCUGAAGCUACAGUAUGCUGGAGUGAUUCUGUUAGAAUUCAGAGACAGAAACAUUUCAUGUCUUUAUACACAUACUCUACCUGUUUAUUAGUAUCUGUGUCAUUUCUAUUAUUUAAAUUAUUGUAAUUUAUUUAAGAUGUAGUAAAAAUAAAAAUAAAUGUUUUUUUGAGUCUUAA